UUCCAGUAUUUGAGGGGCUGCCCCAAAGGAGAGGGGCUCUGUACUAGUACACAGCUGCCCCUAAAAGACAAAAUCUUUACUUUUAGGAAUAAAUCUUUCUUCUUUCCUUACAGGUGUCUGGAUCUCAUUUUUUUUAUUUAUUCUCGUGCAACCCCCGAGUUGGAACCCCAAAUUAUUCCUCUGACAGUUUGUUGGCUUGUUUUCCUUUUAACGGAUUCGUUCUUUUCAUUAUUCCUUCUUUAUUUUCAUUUUAUUAAUAUUGGGGUUGGUCCCAGAGUCGGGCCAGAUGUUGGGGCUGGGUUUUCACAGUCCCGUCUGACUUCUUCCCAAGGACUUGGGAAAGACAGAUGUGGAUGUUUGAUUUUCAUUUAUUUUAUCGUUUCAUUUUUUUAAAAAAUUAGUCUCACACCCCCAUCCCCACCCCCCAGUGCCCUUGGCUUCUUCCCGGCGGGCACACAAGAGACGGUGCCCCUCUGCCCGCCCAGCCUCCUUCUCCUUCUGUCCAGGAACGAGAGCUGGAGCGGUCUCUGGCUGUCCGCCUGUUCGGGGAGCUUCUGCCUUGGGUGAACGUCCGGCACAAGGCUCAGAUGCGGGAGCGAAUCCUGAGACACUUGGUACCCUUCAUCCUCCACAUGUAUGACCCCAGCCAGAAAGUGGUGGAGACCUACAAGUGGACUUUGGCCCGAUGCAGUAACUUCCUGGCCUGGAACCUGGGGUUGGAAAUUUUGACCUUGCCCUUCUGUGACUGCCAAAAAGCCCUGGACAAAAUCUCCAAGAGCCUGGUUCUGUGGUACCCCGACAAGAUUGUGGUCUUCCUGUCUUGUACGGUGAAUUUCCUGAAGAGCCCCAAAGCCCCCCUGCGCAGGGCGGCUGGGGUCUUUGCAGGAUUCCUUGCCUUUUACAUGGAUGCUUGGCUGGCCAUUCCCUGCCAGGAGGCCCUGAUCGCCCUGCAGGAGGGCCUUGAUUGCCUGCUGACCGAUCCGGAACCCUCCAUCGCCGAGGUGGCCUCCAUCUCCAUCCUGCAGGUGAAGGAGGCCCGUCGGACGGCUUCGGCCUCGCCCAUCCCCUCCGCCCUGGCCCGGAUGUUUUGCUGCCUCCAGCAGCCGGGGGAGAAGGAGAAGCCUAAGUUUGAGGACAGCCCCUACCAGAGGAAGAGGAGCCAGGAGGCCUUCCUCCUCAGCAUCCCCCACUCCCUCCAUUAAAGGAGCCAGCAGGCUGGCGGAGGAGGCUCCCAAAGACGGCCACCUUCGUUUGGGGGAACGCUGUAGUUGUGUUAUCCUGGACGUUGCAACGUUUCACACGUUGAUUCAUUGCAGUGUUUCGCACACAAGCCCCACACAGUUAUUCCAAAAACUCUA